AUGAUCGGAGAAGGCAGAGGGCCCGCCCAGGAUGGCGAUCGCCACCACAGUGACGACUUACAUCGGUCCCAGGAUGACGACGACCAAAACGGGGAUGCGGAGGCCCAGUUCCUCUUAGACGAUGAGGACUUUGGAACAUACGAGCAGUACGAGCUGGACGAUGUCACUAGCCAGCCUCUGCUGACCUCUUCGGGACCACGCGGCAAAAAGGUGGGGAGUCGCCAGUCAUCAGCACGCGCGGCGAGGUUGUCGACGCAGGCGAGAUUCAUUGCUCGCCUCCGCGGACCCCAGCAGCCCGAGCCCAAUGUCAUCCGCCCCUUUCUCCCUUCGGUCCAGAAGCGGCCCGUCCGGUGGCUGGCCAAGGUAUUGCCUCACGCGUGGCAGAAGACCGUAGUACUCGUUUUGUUUCUCGCCGCCUGGGCGUUUUCCCUGGCGGUUCCGCUGGUGAACAGCAAAGGGACACUCAGAGACGCCUCGGGACAUGUCGUCCGCCAUCUGGACUGUGUCGACACGCUCUGGCGCCGGAACAACGAGUGCGGCCUUGACGGCAUCGACUGCCAGCCCUUCUCCAACGCUUCGUUUGCCUUUCGCUGUCCAGCCGACUGUGCCGGCGUGCGCGUCCUCAACCCCCGCCACGUCGGCCCCGUCGACGUCAACUACCGGCCCCUUGUGAUAGGCGGGCCCGUCUACCGCGGCGACUCGUUUGUCUGCGGCUCCGCCAUACACGCGGGCGUCAUCGACGACGCAUCGGGCGGCUGCGGCGUCGCCACCCUGACCGGAGCGUACUACAGGUACUUUGCGUCAGACCAGCACGGCAUUGAGUCUAUCGGCUUUGACUCGCACUUCCCCCUGUCCUUCUCCGUGGCCCAAGACGCGGUCCGCGUCAAGUGCGGCAGUCAGAAAGACCCGCGCCAGCUGCUGCUCGCCGUGUCGGUGUCGUUCACCGCGGCCCUGUCCCUCUUCACGACGUCCCCGUCGGUCCUGUACUUUGUCAGCUUCGUCGGCAUCUUCGCCCAUGUGGCGCUGGUGUCGGACCCUCCCAACUUCUCGGGCCCGUCCGACACCAUCCUGCCUGCCCUCGUCUCGCAGUUCGUUGGUCGCCUGUUGCCCGCUCUGUUCUGCGUCGCCAUCAUGUACUACGCAUGCGCCCGCCGCGCGCUUCGGGACCUUCCCGCUGGCGCGCAGGUCGAAAAGACGGUUCUCUGGGUCGGCGGGUUCUGGGUCGGCGCACUGUCAAACCACACCUUCGGCUGGAUUCCCUUGUCGCGGCUCAGCGCCCACGACCUCGCGCAGCAGCCCGGCGCCAAGGCGGCGCUCGCGGCGAUCGUGCUGGUCGUGGCCCUCGUCGUCGCUCAGCAGGCGUACUCGUUCUGGCGCGAGGCCCGGCUGUUCCCGCACCUGGCGCUGUACGGGCUGUUCGUGGCGGGGCUGCUGGCGUGCCUCGCGCUGCCGGGCCUCGAGCUGCGCAUCCACCACUACAUCCUUGCGCUGAUCCUGCUGCCCGGCACCAGCAUGCAGACGCGGCCGUCGCUGCUCUACCAGGGCCUGCUCCUGGGUCUCUUCGCCAACGGCGUCGCCCGCUGGGGCUUCGACUCGCUGCUGCAGACGGCCGCCGCCCUCCGCGGCGACGCCCUCUGGGAGUCGCUCGUGCCCGAGGCCGUGGCGCCGCUCAUCUACGCCGACGACUCGCCGCAGCGCAUCUCGUUCAAGUGGCUGCCGGUCGACACGGCAGCCAGCUUCGACGGCCUCAGCGUCCUCGUCAACGACGUCGAGCGCUACCGCCGCUUCUUCGCCGGCGAGCCCCUCGCCGAACAGAUCUUCACGUGGACCCGCGAUCCCGCGGCCGUUCAUACCCCAGAGUACUUCCGCUUUGCGUACAUGCGCGGCGGCGGGGCGCUCGACUACUCGCAGGCAGGCACGUGGUUUGUGAACGCUACUUGGAGCCAGGGCCCGGGGUAUUACCGGUAG